AUGAGCAGUUACUUACCAAAGAACACGCGUAGCAUGCUCAAGAGCGAGGGAGUGACCCUCUAUUGCGAGUGCCGUUCGUCCGAUCCAGCUUUGACGAAGUGGCACUUUGAACUCGCCGAUCCAAAAGUGACGCCAGGUGGGACCGCAGGCGACAGUAGUGGCGCACCUCCACCUGCAGAGACAGGCGAGACGCAGAGCCCUGUGUGUCGAGUCUAUGCCGUCAUGAAUCGUGGAAAUCAAGGUGGUAGCAAUAAUGCUGGCACGCUCUUGGUGCUAGCGAAGCAGAAGCUUCCCGCAGAUCCUACUGGUCAUUCCUCUAGCCGCGCGUUGUUUUGCAAAAUCAUGGAAGUCGAGAAAGUAGCGAGCGGGCUCGGCGUUGCGGCUGACGUGCAGAAGAGGAACCGAGCCGAGUGCGCGGCUGCGAAGCAUUUCGUGACAGCGUGGAAUAAUCACAUCGUCGAGCGCGGAUACGGAUCCUACGUUGUUGGUACCCCGUUCCAAAUCGAGGAGCUGCAUAGCAGUAUCGACGAAUCAAGGCGUCGGGCGCUUUGCUCGGACGCUAUGGACCCUGUAGGCGACGCGAGACUCGGCGAGGCGCUAGCCAAAGCCGGUAAUGCGCUUAAAAACGCACCAGAAGAGAAACGGUCGCAGGCGCAACUAAAUGUGUUGUGGUGGACUUGGAAGAGUGUCAUCGAACUGAGGGAGGUCGGCAUCUUCCAUCGAGAUCUGAAAGCUGACAACUUUCUAUCUCUCACUCCUCAGCGUGAGAGUGCAGACCAGGAGGUGGUGCAAAUGUGGAUAGCCACCGACUUGGGUAGUGCGUGCAGGGUGAAGGGGAACACAGAACCAAGCGCUGUGUACGCGUGCGGCCCGCAGAAUGCCGGAACUGGAACGCCCUACUACAUGUCACCGUUUCACUUUUAUAAUGAGAUCGAGCCGUUGCAUGCUUUUCUAGGCGACUCGUUCAGCUGGACGGUCAUGGUCAUCGAAGGCGUGCUGACGCAGUGCAGUGCUGGCCAGACGCUUGACGCCCGAGUUCCUUUUGGGCUGUCGGCCAUUGAGCAGCUGUUGGGGUUCGAGUUCAAGAAAGGCCGGCCAGAUUAUGUUGGUUGCUUCAAUUUCAGGAGGCGCUUUCGUUCCGCAGGCUCGUCAUGUCUGCAAAUCGCGUGUCUUCAUGUUCGUCGGGGUGUUUUCAGAAAUGACGCGCAAGAAGCGAAAAAGCCUCAAGCUGCAUCACUUCUAACUUGCGAAGCGGCGGAAGCAAUUGAUUGCUUUACUGGAGCAGGGGGCCACGUGCUCGAAAGAUUCUACCUUAUUUAUGAGGUUGCAACUAUUGCACUGAAUAUGAAUUCAAAUUCUUUUUGUCAUACUCCGUUGAGGGUUUAGGUCAGUCUUCGUGAUCCUAAACGUGCAGUCGUGUGACUUCUGCUUAUGAUCGUCAACAAGCACGCAUAAUUUACUACCUAAACGCCCUCAUACCGUCUCGAAUGCGUGGCGCGCUCGCGUUUGAAAAGGGACUGGGAGCCGCGAUGAAAAUUUUGCGGGAUUUAUGGGGUGUGAGUGUCUGCGUGUCAUAGCUCUUCUGUGUCACUUAGCUCCUCAAUAGUCGUAGCGGAAGUAGAUGUCAUUAGAUUUCCUGUGGGCAGUCCAAACUUGUUAAUCUCCACAUUUCAUUUACAUCGAUGAUAACGAUGGUACUCAAGGUGCAGUCCAAGUGGACACGGGGAGUGCACACGGCCACAUGUGAUUCGGCCCUUCACGCCCUCCCGAAUACGAUGCUGGAGUCUCCGCCAUCAAUCAGCGGACUCGGCGACACUGCGUUGCCUGCGCUCGUCCGGAUGACGAUGGCACUUUCGGUCUACGAAAGUUCGCCACCAGCUCCGGGAUCUUGUGUGUAGAUAUUUGUAUGGAAGGUCGAGCAGCGGUCGGUUUCUUUUACAUGUGAAGACAAGUCAUUUCGUUGUUUUUUUUUGAUGAAGCAGGUAGGAUAUAGAUAUUAUCGCAUUGCGGCACUGGUGUGGAAGAUUAAUGAAUUGCAGCCGAAAUAUUGGUCUGAUUUUCACCGCCAAAAAGUCUACCUACAAGGAUACACCUGACUAUCCGAAUGAUUAUUCCGAAUAGAUUGGAUAUGAGGAGAUUAUAAGGUAGCACUGAUACUCCUAGCAAGUCCACUUUUCGGGAGAUCGUGUUCGUGAGUGCCCACGCUUUUUAUUUUUGUAGUGUGAUUUAUUGAAGAUUGAUACGAUUUCCAAGUAGAAUAAUGACCACAAACGCCGAUCCCGAUUCACUUCCCGCUAUGAUUGAUCUCGCUAUGAAGUCAAUGUAGUUUGCGAACGAAAACUCUGUGGUUGGAGCAUCAGUCGAAGUGUUGAUACACUGCACACGCAAGGCCAGAAGAAA